AUGGCACUUAAGCGAAUCCAGAAAGAGCUUCAGGAUUUAGGUCGUGAUCCGCCAGCGCAGUGCAGUGCAGGCCCUGUUGGUGACGACUUGUUUCAUUGGCAAGCGACAAUAAUGGGUCCACCUGAAUCACCUUAUCAAGGUGGUGUCUUCUUCUUAACAAUUCAUUUUCCAACGGAUUAUCCAUUCAAACCGCCGAAGGUAGCAUUUACAACGCGCAUGUAUCACCCAAAUAUCAACAGCAACGGCAGCAUUUGCUUGGAUAUAUUGCGUUCUCAAUGGUCGCCAGCACUUACUAUUUCCAAAGUACUUCUGUCGAUUUGUUCGCUUCUUUGCGACCCAAAUCCAGAUGAUCCGCUGGUACCGGAAAUUGCUCGCGUUUACAAAACAGAUCGUGAUAGGUAUAAUCAAUUAGCUCGUGAGUGGACUCAGAAAUAUGCAAUGUGA